AUGUUGUGUGUCAGAGAGCGACCUCCUGAAUCAAUUACGUUCCCGACCGCCGCUUCUCGAUCGAUCAGUUGCGCUGCAGCGCCUGGCAAUCCAUCCUUAUCCUUGCAUCUUUCGUCCUUCCGCCAUCGCGAUGCUGGUCGGCGCGGCCGCCCGCUUCAUCAAGUGUGUCUUUUGCCCGCAAGGCGUGCGGGUCCCGAGAGCGCGAGAGGCCUCCAGCAUGUGUCUAG